AUGGCGGGUUUUGUGGGUCCUCAAAAGGAGCGGAGUUCACCCUGCCUGGGUGUGGGACGGGGCUCAAGACGGGUUCACCCCUCCGGCCCGGGGCUCGCCACUCCGGAUCCUUUAACCACGGUCCGUGAGCACUGCGAGCAGACGGAGAAAUGCGUGAAGGCGCGGGAGCGGCUGGAGCUGUGCGACGCGCGGGUGUCCUCCAGGUCCCAGACGGAGGAGCAGUGCACAGAGGAGCUUUUUGACUUCCUGCAUGCCAGGGACCACUGCGUUGCUCACAAACUCUUUAAGAACCUGAAGUGA